GAGACAGAUCAUAACCAGAACAAGAUCACCUUUCUGACAGGUCGUAACCAGGACAAGACCACAAAGAAGCUCCAAGCUGAAUUGAUGUCAUGGGAUCUGCAAAGGCCUUCAUCGCUGUGCUCUUUCUACUCCUAUACUGCAGCUUCUCCAAAGCUGACAUACCUGCUGAGAACAUUCCAAAGGUUGAAAAAGCAUUAAGUACCAUAAAAGAAUUCGGAGAUGGCCUAGAUAAACUAAAUACAUUUCUAGAUCAGAGUCAAGACAUCGCCAAGGGCUUCAGCAAGGCCUUAAAAAUAAUGGAUGGUCUGUCGAAGGUUGCAUCAAGUUUCGGUUUUGUUGGUGCACUGCUUAGUUUUAUUUUUGCCUUAAUUCCACUAGAAGAUCCAAACAUGGCAUUCAUGAAAGAACAGUUUUCAGAGGUGAACAGAAAACUAGACUCAAUCGCACUGAAAUUUGAAGACCUUAAAGACCAGAUAAAUUGGGUGACCUACACGACCUCAUAUGGCAAAGAUGAGAGUGUCAUUAAGAACACCUGGAUCGAGUUGACAAAGCUUUUGGAAAACGCUCCUUCAGCCGAUACAGAAAAAAAGGGCAGUUACGCUGAAGCAUUCACCAGAUACUAUGACAAUGCUGGAACACGUAACAGUGUCACUAACUUCUAUCAGUACCUCACAGAGAAAAACAAUGAGAGCUUAAAUAAGAAUCUCCUAAAACUAGUCAUUGAGAAGUCAAAAGGCGACAUCAAGAUUGUGAUGAGAUAUUCUGCCUAUUUUUUGAGUCUCAUGGUUAAAGGCUUGCAGUUGAAUGUGUAUAAUGAUAUCUUGAGAGGCUUUGAUGGGGCUGCUGUUGCUGAAGAAAGUGUUGAAAAGUUGUCCACAAUGCUUACUGAGAUGAAGGAUGCUGUGAUUCAGUGUGCCGAAGACUUUGCUACGUGGGCUAAAAAAGAUGCAGUGGAAAUUGGGACAGAGAAAUUCUCAGACAACUACGAGCUAGCCAAUAAAAUCAAGAACAAACUGGACCUGAAGUAUAACUGGUAUGAUUGGACAGUUAUAGUGCAUGACACAGAUUCUAAUGAGUGGAACAGUGGAAACUCUGUGGAUCUUACUGUCCAAGACAAAACCGUUCACCUCAUUCAUCGAGAGAAAGGCUUUAAAGUAGAUAGGGCCACUCAAGAUAAGAUAUCAAAUGCUAUGAAUCAUCAGUUCUUAGAUUCAUGUUGGCAAAUCCAAAAUGAUGGUGUAGAAAAGGUCUUCAAUGAAGAUUUAAUCAAAUAUAUUGACUUCAUCCACAUUCAUUACGAGAAAGGUUUUGCUCAAACAUCUACUAUAGGCAUUGUGGAGAAACAGUGUAUGUCACUUGAGAUAAUUGCUGUCUUUAUGAAAGUUAAGGCCAGUGUCGAACAGGACCCUUGCACAGCAACAAAAUGCCUCAAUGGUGGAAAGUGCAAACGACUCAAAGACACAACACAGGGAUUCUGUCAAUGCCCCAGAAUGUUUCAUGGUCCAACCUGUGAGGAAAGCGUAAGAGAUCUGAUUGACUUUGCAGCUAUAGAAGCCCAACUUGAUAGCAUUGUAUUUAUGCCUGUACCGGAUUUGACCAGCAUCUAUUACAGUAUCAAAGACCUUCAAGACUACACAAGGGCACAAUUUGAAAAUAUUCAUAAUGAAAUUGAUUGGACAAAAGUAUUUAUCAAGUACAAUGAUGUGAUACAGAAAUUCCGCUAUGUAAAAAAGUUGCAUUUAGAACUACAAGCUGAAAAUAUAUCCACAAACCACUACUUAUCGGAAGUUGGAAUAACAUUUAAGAAGGGGAAAGAAUUACAUUUCAUGCUGAAUAAAUUCAACGAAAUGAUGCAAGGUAAAGGAUUUGGUGAUAGCAGUAACAUACUGGAUAUGAUUCGGAAAUCACUUCUGUUGCAGAAACCAGGCAACCCAAUUGAGUGUUCUAUAGCAUAUAGUGAGUGGUUAGAUUAUUCUGUGCGCUACAUGUUUGCCCUUGAAAAGGAAGCCAUCUCAGCCUGGUUGAAGUAUCUGGUGAUGAAUGGUGAAAGACAGAGCAUAGCCGGCAUCAGUAAAACAUUUAAAAACUAUGUUUCUCAACAGUGGAUGUUGUUUAACAACAAUGGUUGUGGCCCACUCCAGGCUGAGAAACUGUCUAAUAGUAACUGUGUGAAGCCAUACCACAGCACUGACCAACAGCAGGUACAACUCAAGUGUACAGAUGGUUUCCAGCCUUACCCAAAGCAUGUCACAUGCUCUAAAGGAAAGUGGAGUAAUCUCCCUGUGUGUCUAACUACACUGGCUAUUGGGCAAGGGACCAUAGAAUGCAAGAAUAAUGAUGGAGGAACAAACUGCACAGCGUCCUGUUCUAAAGGAUGGGCCUUUACAAACGGUGCCACCAGUGUGACUUUGACUUGUAAAAAACAGCCAUGUGCGUCGUUCACUUUACCCAGCAGUUGUGACAGAUGCACAAGUCACACUGCUUGUAGAAGUGACCAAGUGUGUAGUGGGGGUGAGUGCAAGGAUGGAUGCAGUUUCCAGUCCUGUGGAGUCAACACAAAAUGCGCCACCACUAAUCACAUCUCCAAAUGUACGUGUGUGGGUCCUUGGAUUGGGGAUCCAAACGGCAAAGGCUGCAAUAGACAGAACCUGCGUUGGAUGAGCACAUCAAGCAUACCCCAAAAUGCGGUCAAGUCUCCACAAGGAUAUGUUGUGUGUAGGACUAGAGGGCCAGAUGACCAAUUCCAAGGAGGAUGGGUGUACAAACAUUGGGGAAAACUACACUGUAAUUAUGACUGGGCCUGGAGAGAGUAUAGAAAUCCAUCUUUUGAGAUUCUUGUCGACCCCUGUAAUGGUAAAGGAGUGGAAUGGAUAUACAAAGGCAAUCCUAGUAACAAAGAUGCAGUGAUGGUCAGGGACUCAAUGUCUGUUUGCAGGACUAACGAAGGUGUCACCGGGAAACUGUUUAACACGAGGUCUGGCUUGUAUUGCCACAGAGGAUACAGAGAUUAUGGGGACAGAUUCCGUGAAUACUACCUUCUUCAACAAAAGUCCUGUGUUUAAGAAACCUGAGAUGAAUCCUCAACCGUCAAUGUCUUAAUAAAUGGUGACAAUUUAUUUUCUCUGUGACAUUUUUCUGUAUUUUUAAAUUUUGCUCAUAAUGUAAACAGCAAAUGAUAGAAUCCUGAUCUCUUUAUAAAUGCAGUGGAAGGCAUCCCCUGAAACAUGAUAGAAUCCUGAUCUCAUUAUAAAUGCAGUGGAAGGCGUCCCCUGAAACAUGAUAGAAUCCUGAUCUCAUUAUAAGGGCAGUGGAAGGCAUCCCCUGAAACAUGAUAGAAUCCUGAUCUCAUUAUAAAUGCAGUGGAAGGCAUCCCCUGAAACAUGAUAGAAUCCUGAUCUCAUUAUAAGGGCAGUGGAAGGCAUCCCCUGAAACAUGAUAGAAUCCUGAUCUCAUUAUAAAUGCAGUGGAAGGCAUCCCCUGAAACAUGAUAGAAUCCUGAUCUCAAUUUAAAUGCAGUGGAAGGCAUCCCCUGAAACAUGAUAGAAUCCUGAUCUCAUUAUAAAUGCAGUGGAAGGCGUCCCCUGAAACAUGAUAGAAUCCUGAUCUCAUUAUAAAUGCAGUGGAAGGCGUCCCCUGAAACAUGAUAGAAUCCUGAUCUCAUUAUAAAUGCAGUGGAAGGCAUCCCCUGAAACAUGAUAGACAUUUCUUAUAGGUAGUAGGAUGUCACAAAAUAUACCACAUACAAAGAUAAUUUCAUGGGUAUUGAAAGAAUGAUCAGUGACUGUAAAAACUGGAAUGCUUGCUCACUUGCAUAAUAUUGAUUACAUGUACGCUAUCGCAUGUAUUUACAACCUGCUACUUUUGUCUUCACUAUGUAUUCAAUAAAAACCAUGUAAGCAUUA